UGGACGAUGACCAUCUUUAAUCAUUAGUGUCAAUCCAUCCGAUCUCAAAUAGGUCUACGUACCUGACACGGGGUUUAUCACAUUGACACGUUUAAAAUGAUACACGUAUACUGUGCCAGGUGAGAAAUUGGACUAAAACUCACCCAGAAAUGCUAUCUCCUGGUGAGGUUUCCUUGGUCAGUCUGUUGGCAGCCCAGACACGGUACGUGCGCUUCUGUAUUUAUUGACACCCUGAAGUUUGUACAUCCGGGUCGAAUCUAAGUUUAUUUACACUACACAAUGAACGUAGACACGUUUGACACCAAUAUACAGUCACUUGUUUCUGCUGCGGUCAAGGCCAAGGACAGAGCAUAUUGUCCGUACAGUAAUUUUCGAGUCGGCUCUGCCGUGCUCUGUGCAGAUGGCUCUGUUGUGACAGGCGUGAAUGUGGAGAAUGCGUCAUACGGGCUAAGUGUCUGCGCGGAGAGAGUGGCAAUUUGGAACGCUGUGGCACAGGGACACACAGAUUUUAAAGGCGUCGCCAUAUCAUGUGAUAUAAAGGGAGACUUUAAGGGGUCAUGUGGUGCUUGCAGACAGGUGUUUGCUGAGUUUAACCUGGAGAUGCCGCUGUAUCUUGUCAAGCCAGACAUGACAGUAAAAGUGGUCACCGUUGCGGAGUUACUUCCCCUUUCUUUCACACCAAAAUCUCUGCAGGAGGAACGCAUAUAAUGGAUGAAAUACUCUCCUGAUGUUUGUGUUAGAGCAGCUAUACCCUAUCAAAUGGGGUUUUCAAGAAUAUAAUUUUGAAACGAU